AUUCUAAUGGUGUGUUUGUGAUUGUCAAAGCUCAAAUUAUUGUCAAAGGGGAAGAAGAAUAGUCGUAAAAUGAAUAACCAGAAAGGAUUUCAUUUCUGAAUUGCAUUUGCGUAGAACAUUCGACUGAUUAAAUGCGUAAAAGCAAAAAUUUAAUUGUGAUAUUUGUUGUGAAAUAUUGGAAAUUUGCUUAAAAUUGUAUAGAAAAGAAAUUAUUGUGAAAUAUAAUUACAUAAAAUCUUGCAAUAGAGGCUAGGUGUGGGAGGCGAAAUCAAGAAAUUCGUCAACUCAUAGCCAAAACCUCUAGUAGUUGAAAAUAAAAAAUCGAUUAUUGCCCAUGGCGUAUAACAGUCAGUGUGAGCAUAAUCCUGGGAUAGGAAGAAAAAUGAAAAGUGUGUGCAACCAUAAGUGGUAUGAAGGUGCAACAGCACCGCUUCAAUUGAAAAAAUAUACACAACGAAAUAAUUGUAUAGAAAAGACCUACACAUUAGGCAAUAAUAGCAGCAGAAGUAACUGUGCGGGUGACGGUAUCAAUUUAUUUGGUAUUGGCCGCAUCUCACAAACAACAUGUACAACGUUUCUAAUACUAGCAGCACUAAUACAUACCGCCAAUGCGACGGCAACGGAUAUAGCGCUGGACGCGAAGGCGACAUUAACACAUAGAAUUGAUAGUCUUAAUCUGUUAGUAUAUACCUUUUUGCUGACACUAACUGUACUGACAAUUUGGCUGUUCAAGCAUCAUCGUGUAUCCUGGUUACACGAAACUGGUCUUGCUGUUAUUUAUGGACUGAUUGUUGGCGCCGUUAUACGUUAUGCCGGCACCUCAACACCACUUGUGCACUUGGAAGUUGAUCCAGUUGGUGAUACAAAGUUCAAUCAAUCUCUACCACCAGAUACAUUAUGGAUGAAGUUCCCUGGUAAAUUGACGCCAAAUACCACCGAUAAAGAUCCAAUACAAAAUAAAACGUAUGCAUAUGCGUUUCGUGGUAUAGUAUACGAUGUGGAAGAGAAUGAAAUCGAUUUGAAGGCAACUUUUGAUCCGGAAAUCUUUUUCAAUAUAAUACUACCGCCAAUAAUAUUUCAUGCCGGUUAUAGCCUUAAAAAAAAAUACUUUUUUCGUAAUUUGGGCGCAAUUUUGAUGUUCGCCAUAUUGGGCACGACCUUAUCAUCGUUCCUAAUCGGCGCUAUUAUGUACGGCUGUGUGAAACUAAUGCCUGAAUACUUGAGUAGUAGUUUCACAUUCCUGGACACGCUGUAUUUUGGAGCCUUGAUAUCACCAACAGAUCCACUAACAAUAUUAGCUAUAUUUCAUGAUUUACAUGUCGAUGUAAAUUUAUAUGCGCUGGUUUUUGGUGAAUCUGUACUUAAUGAUGCCGUAGCUAUAGUGCUCAGCGGCGCUAUACAAAAUUAUGGCGAGCAUUAUUCCAGCACUGGCGGCUUCGAGACAAAUGCCUUCUUCAAAUCUUUGAGCGAUUUCUUUUGUAUAUUUAUGCUAUCAUUAUUGAUUGGCGCCUCCAUGGGCUGCUUUACGGCAUUGUUGACCAAGUUCACACGCGUACGUGAGUUUCCACUACUCGAGUCGGCGCUCUUUGUACUCAUGUCUUAUAGCACUUUCCUUAUUGCUGAGGCAUCCGAACUGACUGGCGUUGUGGCUGUGUUAUUUUGUGGUAUUUGUCAAGCACAUUAUACGUAUAAUAAUUUAUCGGAGGAUUCGCGCACGCGCACAAAAGAGAUAUUCGAACUAUUGAAUUUCUUAGCAGAAAAUUUCAUCUUUUCAUAUAUUGGCGUCUCUAUGUUCACCUUCCCGAAACAUCAUUUUGAUGCAGUUUUCAUAAUAACCGGCUUUGUAACCGCUGCAAUUGGACGCGCAGUUAAUAUUUACCCACUAUCUUGGUUAUUGAAUUUGAAUCGUAAACCGAAAAUAUCAUCAAACUUUCAACACAUGCUAUUCUUUGCUGGAUUACGCGGUGCCAUGUCCUUCGCAUUGGCCAUACGCAAUACAGCCUCCGAGGCACGUCAAACAAUGUUGACGGCAACCUCGUUAAUUGUGAUUUUUACAGUCGUCAUACAAGGUGGCGCAUCCAAUUUUUUGCUAAAUUGGCUUAAAAUACCUGUUGGUGUUGAUGAAGAGACUGAACAGUUAAAUAAUUACCGUGUACGCAGUGUUUAUAAUUCAAUGGAAAAUACGGCGGCUGCGUCAAUCGAUACCGGACUCAAUUUGGGCCAGCUGCCUAUGUCGCGCCGGCGUAGCUCGUUGGAUGUCGAUGUGGACGUGGAGGGCGCUGGUGGGCUUGCUGAAGCUGGUGCCCCGGGCGCAAUGAAUGUAAAGCGCAAUGAGAAAGCAUUUUUGGCAAGAAUAUGGGGAAAUUUUGAUACCAAAUAUAUGAAACCACUGCUGACGCAUUCACGACCAACUCUGCUUGAAACGCUACCGGUUUGUUGUAAUCCACUGGCACGAUUACUCACCACAACCGAGCAACUGACUCAGGACGGUGGCGGUUUGCGUCGCUCCGAUUCCGAUUCUGAUAUAUGUAUUGAUGAUGAGAAUUUCGGUGCAUCUUCGACGAAUGGCAAUGGUGCCGCUGGUGGUUUGAAUGGCGGUAGUGGUGGUGGUAGCGGUGUUGGACCAGGCUCAGGCGGUAUGGGUACGCGCCGCAACUCGAUCAAUCGUAGUGAGAACGAUCUCCGUACUCAUCAUAUUUAAAACAAAAAAAAAAAACAAAAAAAAACAGAGCGUAAAAAGAUUACACAUAAACAUUUGCUUAACUCAUUAUUUGUGAUUUUAACUAAAAUAUAUGUUUGCUUGAAUUUGGCUUUCUGCACUUAUUUGUUUUGAAGCACCAUAAAAAUGAAAAAAAAAAAAUAUUAGUCGUACGCUCUUUAUAGUUGAAUCUCAAGCGAAGAACAAAAAGUAAUCUACAAUAUUUCCUAAUUUAUUUAUCCACCUAUUACGAUUUAUUUAGCAUUAAGAUGUUAUCAUAUAAUUUACAUAUUUACGCAUACAUAUACACACAUACAUACAUACAUACAUACAAAUAAGAAAGACAAUUUCAAAAAAUAUCGUAAAUAUUAUGAAUUGUGAUUUAUUUUAUAAAUGAUUUGUUAAUACAAACAACUUUAACGUAUAUUUUAUGUGUACUCAUAUUUAGUUUGAUUUAAUUUUAAUUAUUUUAAUUGCUUAAUAUAAUAGUAGAAAUGGUAAUCAAAUUGUAGUUUACUCGUAUCUUAAGAAGGGUUCGCAAAAUUUUCAUGUAAUUUCAUGUAAUAAAUGUUCUACAAUGAUUUUUAAAA